AUUCCCGUGACGCCUGGGAACUCCGCAUUUUGUACAGGAAAGAGUCAACAUUAAUUUUGUGGUAUCUGUUGCAAUUUGACAGGUGGAAUCAAAGAGAUGGAAUCGAAGCACCUGCCUCGUCUCUUCCAAGACCAGCACCGCUUCGACGCGGCAUACAAAAUCUACCACACCCAUUGGGACAUGUUAGGUGUCUACUCUCAAUUGGUGGACAGAGUUUUUGACGAAGCGGUGGUGCGUUCGAUCCAGGCCAAACUAGACGGGAAAGAAGAGCUACGGGUCCUGGGAGUGGGCAGCGGAGCUGGUGAGCCAGACUAUAUGAUGUUGGAGAAAGUCAGGAAGCGAUUCCCACGCAUCAACAACCGUGUAGUUGAGCCCACUCCAGUACUCCUAGACCAGUACAAGGCAUUGGCGCAAUCCAAGGCCCACGAACUACAAGGUGUAAUGUGUGACUGGCGGCAGCAGACGAUCGAGCAAUACGAAAAGGCGGGAGAUUUGACCAAGUUUCAUUUCAUCAGUGCGGUGCAGAGCUUAUAUUACGUCGACAACCCGGAGAGCACGUUGAUGUACAUGUACGAGCGCUUAGAGCCUGGUGGGGUCAUGUUGGUAGCAAUCAUAUCAGAGGACAGCGGAUGGAUGCGCUAUUGGAACCACUUUCCAUCUUUUCAUGACCAAUUAUUUGCCGGUGUCAACUCUGCCAUCAUUCGAAGCUGGCUGGACCGCCGAGGCAUCCUGUACACUCGGUACAACCAACCCGCUCCUUUCGACAUCACCGAUUGCUUUGACCAAGCCUCAGAAGAAGGCAGCCUGCUCCUGGAUGCCCUCACCAUGGUCUUGAAUUUCAGGAAGACGGCGCCUGAGGAUCUUCAGACGUCGCUGCUGGAUUAUUUUGCCAACGAGAAAAAGGAUGGAGGCAAAGUAUUCAUUGACGCUGACUGGGAUGCUAUUGUUGUGAGCAAGCCAAUGACCGAGUAGGCUAAAAGGUUUUAUUUUGACCGAUUGGGGUGCAGUGUGUUAACAGGUUUUUUUAAUGAUUUGAACAUUACCGAUUUACUAGGUUUUAUUUUUAGAUUGAAGUAAAACUACUCAUUGGUCCAAUAAACAUGCUAUAAUUUCGAUUAUAAAAAUUGUAAACAGAAAUGGCGUAGGUACAGCGCCCUCCAUCGCUCAGAAAUG